ACAUGGCAGCAAAUAUUUAAAAAUAAUGCAUAGAUCUGCAAUCAUUUGAACCUGGCUAUAAAUUGUUCAUUACCUUUCACAAAAAUAGAUUUUUUAUAUUUUUGUAUAAAGUUAAUCAAAUAAUAUAAAAUACUGACCGUUAAAAACAAAUGUUAACAAACUUUCUAACUUUAUUGCGAAUUUGUAUUUAUGGAUGGAAAUGUUAAAAACAAAAACAAAAGUUUUGUUUACGCAUCCCCUUGGAGUUGUCAUUCUCGGAACUUUAUCAAGUGAUUCAGAGCCAGACACACACAUGCAUUGGAUCACUAAUAGAACACAUCAACAGACGAGCCAGCAAAUGUUACUAUUUUAUUAUUUAAGAAUUAUUAAUGUGUAGGAGAACGUGACUGUGGAAUGUAAGCCACAGAAAAAACUCUCAAAACACAAUCCAAGGAUGGAAAAUUUUGAGUGGACAGCGAUGAUCAUAGAUAAACGAGUGGGGUUCAGCGUCGACAGAGAGCAACUUUUUGAGCUCAAGUUCAAUCGAUAAGACAUUUACUUUAAGCGCCCCUUGGACAUCGUUUUCACAUGUUGCAAAUCUAGCGAUUUCUAAAUAUUCGUGAAAAUGAAAUAUCCAAAGACAAUAUGACAAAGUAAAAUCAGUACGAACGAGUUACCUAGCAAUCACACAAAAGCAGUUAUUUUAUUUUAAAUGACUGAAACCAGAUUUAUAUAAAUUUUAAUCUCAAAAUAAACAUAUACAUAAAUGUUGUUAACCUGCUGUCAUCUUCUCUUGAAAAAUCAUCCCGUUUAUUUUACAAUGUCGUAAUUUAUGUUUUCGAGAGUAGAUAAUUUUCUCUAAUUAUUGUAAUCAAUCAAGUUGAGAAGUAAUUAAAAAUAAGUUGUGUUAAAAAAAUGAGUAAGCAAUUAACAUGAUGUAAUUUUUUAGAUAGUUUGGGGAUUUGAAACCCUUAGCCCGUCCAAAUCUUUUACAUUCUAUUUCUAACAGAGACAAAUUAUAUUUGAAGCAUAAACAAUCAAUGAGAUCAAGCAGGUGUUAAUACUCAAAUAUCAAUUUAUACAGUAGAAAUAUUUGAUAGAUUAUAUGAACAUGUUUAUAAUGUUUGUACUUUGUUUAACAACUAUGCAACUUCACGUCACUUUUUAGUUUUGUUUUAAUGUAUCGCAAGAUGGUAGAAAAGUACACAGCUAAAUCUGGACCGCAUAUAUAUAGUCGUAUGCAUUCAAUCUUUUGGUCCUUACUCAAGAAACUCUUCUUCCCUCUACAAAUCUUAUUUAUUACUUCUGACUCCAUAAGAGCAGAACAGAGCAAAGAAGAAAAAGCUGAAUCUUUGAUCUUCUAAAGGAAAAUCAAGGGGACUUUGACAGAGAAGCUUUCCUAUGGAUGUCUUUGCUUUCCAAGGUUCUUUCUCCAUGUGGAAAGAUGUUGCCGGAAUCGCAGGCAACAUAUUUGCAUUUGGACUAUUCAUUUCACCAAUGCCAACGUUUAGGAGAAUAUUGAGGAACAAAUCAACCGAGCAAUUCUCUGGUUUACCAUACAUAUACUCUCUCUUAAACUGCUUGAUCUGCCUUUGGUACGGCUCACCUUUCAUAUCCCAAAGAAACCUCAUGCUAGUGACUGUGAACUCCGUUGGAGCCACUUUUCAGCUUUGUUACAUUAUCCUCUUCAUCAUGCAUACAGACAAGAAGAAUAAGAUGAGGAUGCUAGUUUUGCUUCUUGUGGUGUUUGCUGUGGUUGGAUUGAUUGUAGCUGGAAGUUUACAGAUACCUGAUAAGCUCGCACGAUGGUACUUUGUUGGGUUCUUGAGCUGCGCUUCUCUUGUCUCCAUGUUUGCCUCGCCUUUGUUUGUUAUUAACUUAGUGAUUCGGACUAAGAGCGUGGAGUUUAUGCCGUUUUAUCUCUCUCUAUCAACGUUCUUGUUGAGUGGUUCCUUCCUCCUUUACGGGUUAUUCAAUAGCGACGCCUUUGUUUACACACCAAAUGGAAUAGGAACGAUUCUUGGCAUUGUGCAGUUGUCUUUGUACUGUUACUACCACAGGAGUUCUAUAGAAGAAGAAACAAAAGAGCCUUUAAUUGUUUCUUAUGUGUGAGAUCAAUGGUGGGAAAAAAAAGAAAACAAGAAUGUGGAUACAUACAAGAUUCUUUGUUGUUUAUAUUAUUGUCUAUACAUUGUCUAGCACCUUGUGUCUAUAUCUACCGGCUUUCGUUAUCUCAUGGCGUGAAGAUGUUUAUCCUCUCGGCUUCUGUCAUGAACGAAAGAUGGAGAUCUCUUCUCAGUUUUGAUGGCUCAUUUGCUGAAGAUUAUCUGAGACCACAUGAAAGGAUUUCGUUUUUUUUUUUGUGUGAUGGAAAUCUCUGGUGCAUGGUAUAUAAUAUAUCUGAAGAACAUUUGUCCAUAUGUUGUUUGUCUUAGAAGAUUAUUCUAUUUGUUUGUUCAUAUGAUUUUACAUCUUUUUUCAAAAAUGUAGAAUAAACUUUGCAUAUUCUUGUAGCAAAA